GCGUUUCGUUUAAACUUGUUCGGCGGGCGGCGCAGCCGUGCAAAGUUUUUCUUUGAGCGACGCCAUGGAGCACCCUCCGGGGAGCCCGGAAGAGUCCCUGGGGACCUCUUUUUCUGGGUGUGAUGGGACCAUGUCACCUGGUGCCAACUCCUGGUUAAGCUCGCUGGCGUGGCUGGAGCAGAAUGUGCCAGAUUCCCCUGUGCUCGAGACCCUGCAUCAGAGACUCUCUGCCUUGUUCCAAGACAAGGGCACUUCCAUCACCCCGGUCUCUACAGCAACUGCAGCCACCUGGAAAACACCCCCGAGCCGACUGGAAGCUGGUAUGAACACAUCCCCUGGGGAGACGACAUCCACAGAAGGCAGCAACAGAGAGACUGACUCCCUGCUGGGAUACCCUUCUCCCAGUCAGCUGAGUGGCCUGACCCGACCGGCGCUUGAGGGCUGCCUGCAGAGUGCCUUUGUCAUCAUAGAGGCCUUCUCUCGCCACCUCCGCGCCUGCCCGCAACUCCAGAGGCCAGCGGCACAUUUGGCAGCCGAAGAGCAGAAGAAUGCGACAACUCAGACCCCUGGAGAGGAUCUGGACUCAUCUGUGAUGUUGGGGGCACUCCACGGAUCCAUGCAGCAGAGCCGGGAGAUCCAGCAGAGGCUAGCCACGCAGUUGGCCGGCACUGUCGAGGAAAUGACUGGCCUAGCUGAAGGGUACGCGGAGUACACGAAGGAAGGGGACCGCUAUGCAAGGGUUGCGCGGGAGGACUGGAGCCAAAUGCAGCUUGACUAUGAAUCCCAGCGGAGCGUGCUGGCCAAGUGCCAGGUGGUGAUGAAGAGGAUGAAGGAGGAGGUGAAGACCAGUCAGCAGGAACGUGUGCAGUACCAAGAGAUCUGUGAGGGGCUGAAGGGGCAGGUGGCUAGCCUGCGGCAGGAGAUGGACCAGGUGAAUCAGCUGGCAAAGACAAAGGCUUGCCUGGAAUCAGACCUGCGGUCCGCGCUGCAGAAGGCAGCAGCUGCUACGGAGAACGAACAGAAGUUGCUGCUCCAGAAAAACGAUCUUCUCUCCCAGCAACUGGUGGCGAAAGAGGAAUUUCUCAGAGAGAUGGAGGAGCAAAUGACACAGAUUUCACAAGCUAAAGACGUGGUAGAGCGGGAACGGGAUACCAGUCGGCGGGAGCUGCAGGAGUUAUUGGACUGCCACGAGUUUAUAGAGCAAGAGAAUCAAGCCUGCCGUAGCCAACUGCGGGAGGUGGAGGAGGAGUUGAAGGCCAGCCGUUCGGCUCUGUGGGAGCGUGGCACCCAACUGGAGGAUCUGAAAGAUGCCCACCAAACCCUUCGGCAGGAACAGGAAUCUCUCUGCAGAGAGCUGGCCACCUCCAAAGCUGACUUUCAACGCACACAAGACAGCCUGGAGAAGUUCUGCGAGGCCAUGCUGGAGAUUCAGAAGGUCCAAGCCCAGUUCUUGGAACUUGCUGAUUCGCUGCGAGAGGAGGCAGCUGACAGCACCCAGAGGAGCAGAACGUGCACCCCUGCGCGGCAGGCCCGACCCAGCUUGGGGGCCUCCUUUGUAGACAGCAUCUUGUGGGCCGUGGCAGAGAGAGACCUGGGGACUCCUGCCAUUGGGAGCGAGACCAGUGCGUUUACCAAAGUCGCCACGACUGCUCUGCCCAAACCAGAAGAGGUCAAAGAGAGGCUUGUGGACAGCAUCCGGGAGCUGCAAGGAGUGGCGGACCAGAUUUGCCAUCUGACUGCCCAGCACCAGAAGGCUGCGCAAGAGGAGGCGCAAAGCUUGAAAGCGAAAAUUUCGCAGCUUGAGCACCGACGAGAAUCUUUGGAGACCCAGCUGAAGGCUGACCAAGACGUCCAUGUUGCUGAAAUAGCAAAGAUGAGCAAGGCCCUGAAUCUGCACAGGCAGAAUGAAAAGGAGCUGCACGCGGCUCUUUGCCAACAGGAUGAGAGACAGCAGUGGCUGGCUGACCAGCACCGGGAAGUGAUGCACCUGCAAGAAGAGGUGUCCCAGCUGAAGCAGGCUCUGCGCAAGGCCGAGACGGAAACGGCAGUGCUGUGGGAACAGCUGAGGGGCGCCACAGCUUCUGACGUGGGCUGGGUCCAGGAGAAAAUCCAUCUAUCUCAGGAGGUGAGGAAACUGAGGGAGCUUCUUCUGGACAAGAGCAGUGAAAAUGAAGAGACUGAGCUUCUUCAGGAGCAGCUGUACCAGACCAGGCAAAGGCUGGAAAGGUACAAACAGCUAGCAGCGGUGAUGCGGCAGGUGCUCACUACGUUCCCCACAGAUGCCGCUGAUGUUUCUGAACUCCACCACCUCUUGGACCUCCUGGAAUGAAGCUGGCUGUUGGGUUCUGUGUACUGUAAAUAAACCUUUUUGUUGUCUGUGA